UCUCACCGAGGAGGACGGCUAAUCGAGCGCCGCACAGCUCCAUUGCUCUGGCAUCUUUAUUUAUUAGCUUUGCCUAGCCCCCGGAGCGCCUGCUGCCACUCUACCUCCGCUGUCGGCGCUAGCUAGCUUGAAUCAGCUGUAUAGCUUUCAGUGAUGACUUCCAACAUUUCUCUACCUCAGUGACACUCAGGUUGUAUUUUUUCUGCUGCGGGCCAUGGGGCUGCCACAGAGCUCUUUCCUGGCGGACGGGGGAAGUCAUUGUGGAUAUCACGUGCACGGGGUGAGUUCUUGUACUAGCCCGUUUGACUUUUUGGCUUAUUUACUUGAACACUGUGCCAAACUGGGGCAUGUAUUGAUAGUGCACUCACUGUAGAAGAGACUGACACGCUAGUUUAGGGUUGUCAUGUCAUUUUUCAAAGUGUAGUACAAGUCAAACCGUCAAGGUGUCCGCCCAUGAUGAGGUGGCAUUUGGCACGCGCCCAAACUAUGUAGCCUCGCGCAUGACAGUUGCUGUCUGCAGGUCUACAUGUCAAACUUUAUGGGGUGAAUUAUUGAGAUAUUUAUCGUCCUGUCCAUCAUAUUGUGGUGCAGGAAUCUCGCUUUGAGGAGCCCAAAAAUUCCAGAAAGUGUAAUAUCUUUAAUUGACACAAGAGGGCACACUCAGGUUUCAUGUCAUAUAAACUUCUUUUCACUAAUUAGUAUUUAUUAAAUGAAUAUUUCAGAUUCAAGAGCACUCCCCUGCCCUGAAAGCUGGUCUGGAGCCUUUCUUUGACUUCAUCCUCUCUAUAGGAAAUGCAAGACUUGUGAGUAAAAUCCUAUGAUGCUUUUGUGUAGGUUGGUUUACAUUAUUAAUGACCAUGAGCAGAACAAAGAAAUCACUGGCAUGCACUGAAUGAACUGUACUUAAAAAAGGAUAAUUAUUAUUUUAUUAUUAUUAUUAUUAUUAUUAUUAUUAUUAUUACUACCACAAUUAUUUAUUGUUAUUAUUAUUAUUAUGAUUAUUACCAAAAUUACUUGUUUUAUUAUUAUUAUUAUUAUUAUUAUUAUUAUUAUUAUUAUUAUUAUUGUUAAUAUUAUUAUUAUUACCACAAUUAUUUGUUAAUUAUUAUUAUUAUUAUUAUCAUCAUCAUUAUUAUUAUUAUUAUUUCCUUUAUUUAAAAUUUGAUGAAGAAAAAAAAGUGUGAUGUUUGCAUAAUUAUGAAGAUUACUGGGAAAUAGUUUGACAAGGUGAAGAUUAAGGUAGUUUUAAAGCAGUAUUUAAUUUAUAACAGUGAAAUAUGAACAGUGGAUAAUAAUAUAAGAAGUGUCAUGAGAUGCUCUCUAAUAACCUUUUUUGUGAUCUGUUUAACAUAUCCUGUUUAUUUUAUGAUUUUGCUGCAGUUGUGAAACAUUUCUGGUGUACAUUCUGAAUGUUUGACCUUUAUUUUUUUCAAAUAUAUUAAGCACUUUUAUCAGAGUUAGAUGAUAUUUGAUUAAGCAACACAGAUUUAUUUCUAUAUUUAAUCCUGGACCUGACUUUGUGUUCAUUUGUUGAUUUUUAACAUUGUCUCAUACUGAUAAUGGCUUCUUUUUUAUUUACCAUGAUGAAUUAAAACUAAAACUAAAAAGCGGUCCCGCAGUCUACUUUCAUCUCAUUUAAUUUUAUCUUCUCAUAUGACAGCCGUAAUACCAUCAGCCACAUAUCUCUAUUCCUUCAGAAUAAAGAAAGUGAUUUGCUGAAAGACCUGCUCAAAGCCAAUGUGGAGAAAGCGGUCAAACUUGAAGUAUACAACUCGAAAACCCAGCGGGUGAGGGAGCUGGAGGUGACCCCCAGUAACAUGUGGGGCGGUCAGGGUCUGCUGGGCGCCAGUGUUCGAUUCUGUAGCUUUGAGGGAGCCAAUGAAAAUGUUUGGCAUGUCCUGGUAAGUCAAGUUUAGCUCAGUAUGGGCUAUCCUCCAACUUUUUCUGUUUUCAAAAAGAGCUGAUUUGAGAUAGUAUCCGUGAUUUGUCUGUUUGGAACAACAGAUUUGCCGGUUUUGUCCUUAAUCUUCAAAUCUUGUUUCACUGUGUUAUUUUAAGUUAGUUUAAUUCAGUGGUUUUAAAUAAACACUAUCUAUUUUAGGAUGUUGAACCCAGCUCUCCUGCUGCUCUGGCCGGCCUUCAUGCGCACAGUGACUUCAUUGUGGGAGCUGACCAGGUGUUGCAGGACGUAAGCUGCCCUGCUUUAUCUAUUUUUCAAAAGUUUAAAACUAAAACAGUACAGUAGCCGAGAUUCCUGUCUUUUUGUGUAACCCUUGCAGUCAGAGGAUUUCUUCUCCUUGAUUGAAGCUAAUGAGGGGAAACCGCUGAAGUUGCUGGUGUACAACACACAGACGGACCAAUGCAGAGAGGUGGUGGUGACUCCAAACGGAGCGUGGGGAGGAGAGGGGAGGUAGGGGAGGAUUUUAUCAUGCAACCUGAGUAUGAACAGGCUCUUAAAAUAUUUAUAGUUAUACCCUUGUUGUUGCAUUUGUGUUACAAAUUAGUUUAGGCUGUGGCAUUGGCUAUGGCUACUUGCACAGAAUCCCAACUCGUCUGGCUCAGCCCAGCACCCCCCAGAAAACACCUCUGCAGUCACCUGUGGUUCUUCACAGCAGUGAAGAGCAGGCGCCAACUGAACAGACUGAGGUCAUUUCACCUUUUCUGAAAUAUUGUCUGAUCUAGACUUCUGUGGACACUUGUUUCACUCCAAAUCACAACAUUUUCUGUUUUCAGGUGCCCUCAGCUUCUGAGCUCAGCCCGUCCAGCGUCAGUGAAAUAGAUUUGAAUCAAAUCAAAGAAGCGGUGCAGGACUUGUGUGAAACCUCACCCACACAACCGGCUGUAGACUUAGGUAACCAAGUCCAGUUUAAGAUGGAAGAGUUUGUUCUUUAUACUAUUUUCAAAACACAGAACGGAGCAGAUAUUUGUUCUUUGUGAAUUUCAGAUGUUUCCAAAUUACCUGAAGCAAAGACUCCAGAUUUGACCGACAUGGUUUCAAACAAUGACAUUAGCCAGUGCUCCAUGUUUGCUAAUCAUGGAGAUGACUCUUGUGAUCAGACGAGCUUGGGUAAGUACCUCCACAAUCUCUACAAGUGAUUGAAUGGGGCUGUUGAAUAAAGUGUAUACAAAGUCUGAAUGUCAUUCUGCUUAAAAGAAGAAGAAAACUGUGAAAACCAGCUCAUAUGUCUUUGUUCAGUUUAUCAGUCUUUUUUAAAAUAUCUGCUGCCUGUCACUCAAUAAUCAUGUCCCAAGUGGAAAUGAAAAGGUGCAAAUCAGCUAGAAAAUAGCAGAGCCUGUUUACUAUCUUUUCUGGUGCAUGGCAAGAAAGAUCACACACUGUUGUUUGCAGAAGCAUACUAUGAAAGCUUCCUGGUUUUCAUGUGAAAUUUCUUUGCACUUCAUUUGUUUUUUAAGAUACCUCAUCUGUUGACCAAAGACCUUUGUCUCCAGAGGGAGAAGAAGAAUCAGAGACCCCCGAGGCAGAACAGGGAGGUGUCAGUGACACGAUCACUACCACUCCUCUGAACACAGAAACACCAGACAACCCUGUAAGCCCUGGAGUCGCUGCAGAGAACCCGAGUGACUCGAGUAUCCCGUUGGUGCAGGAUACUAUUUCUGAGCCUCUGAGCUCUGCCAGUGUUAUUGAAGAUACACCAGAGACUGCAGAGUCAGAAAGCUAAGAACACAGCAAUACUAGAGCGAAAGUGACCUGUUCGACUCAAAACUGAUGCUUAUUGCUUUAAAAAGGGAUGUAGAGCACAUUCUAACACAGCAAACGUUCAUUACUGUUGUAAGUUUUAUCACUGGAGCGGUGUUUUAGUUAUGAAGAGUUUUAUUUACAUACAGGUGCCAUUGCUGCAUGCUCGAUUGCACAUUAAGACAGAUAUGUUAAACUUGAACAGAGGUAAGAUGGUGAUUACUAUCUGAAUGUAAACUGAAGUUAAUGAAUGUAAAGCAGGAUGAAGCCUUAGCUGAGCAUUAGCUGCUGUUAAAAGUCACCCUAGUUUGCACAAAGAAGCCAAAGGUAGGCAUUAUAUUAUAUAUUUUGCUGUUAUCAUUAUCACCUGCUGAUGAGUAAAACACUGUCAGAAGAAGAAAGUUCUAGUUAGAGUUAAUAUAAAUCCAUCAUGAGGUUUUAGUUUUUUCACAUUUUGCAUUUUGGGGAUGGAGGUUUUUUUAAUUUUUUUAUGGGGUAAGAUUGAGAUGUUAAAAAAGAUGAUCAAUCCUCUAUCAGGCCUUUUACAGUUUCAGCCUCCUUGCCUUAUGUCUCAUUUUAAAUAAGUUAAUUUUCUAUUGGUAAUAAUGAGUGAGCCAUGUUUGAUAACACUCUUAGAUUAUUUUCUGUUCUUUCUUUUAUGUCAAUUUAAAUUAAUUUAUGUUUGAGGUUUGUAUGAUUGGACAAAAGUAUUCAAAUAUUUAUAAAAAGUUUAUGUUGAAGAGAAACUUGCGGCUCUUAUUUCUCACAUUUUUGUCUGCGAGAGAAAGAGAGAUGGACUGUGUACAGUAUGUGUAUUUUAAUCAUCUGUGUUUGUGUGUGUAGAAAUAGGACUUCAUGUUUCCAAACAGCAGGUGUCAGCAAACACCUCGUUAUAGAUCUGUCAGUUUUGCUCCAUCACAGAUACAACAUUAUAUUCAAAUUACAUCGGUUGUAUUAUGAUCCGCUUACAUAUAGGGAGAUUAAGGAUUUCUGUACAGUUUAUUACAAAAAAAAGUCCUCAGUGUAGUGCUGAGUGAAAGUAUGUGAUUUGUUUAUCUGCUGCUUGUGAGGGAAAGUUAACACUGAUGCCUCUGUACUGUACAUAUUUAAUGCUGCAUGUGCUCAGCCUGAGCUGGAAAAGCCCUUUUUCAAAUCAGAGGGAAGUAGGGCGCAUGAAAUAUUAAAAUAGCGAAAUAUUCCUUUUUUUAGAAAUGAUAUUGAUGAGAUUCAGAAAAUGGAGGGGGAAAAAAAGAAUCCUCGGGAAGCUCCAGUGGCAGAGAGGGGAUAUGCCUCAAUUAUUUACCAGGGCCUCCUUGGCAGGGGGGAUGGGCGUGAGAAUAGAGGAAAGACUGUGAGGGAAGAAAGAUGAGAGGGAGUUGGAUUUGUCUUCAUUCACCCCAGAGUGAGUGCUGCUCCUAGGGGGUGUUUACACUGGCUCACCUGUGCGUGUGUGUUGAAUAAAGGGUUGCAUUUCUGUGCUGAACAUGCAUCAGCUCAGUGGUCUAGUUCAUCCUACAAGCUUUUCAAAUCAACAGGGACGCUGAUUUGAUGGUUUCUGUGAUUCCUUCCAUCAGGGUGGAUUGGUUUUUGGUUACAGCAGCAUUUGCUUUGCUUUAUUUGAAGAAGCAGCCCGAGGCAGAAGCCAGCAGCUGCGUGGAAAGGAGGAGCCAAGAGGUGAAGUGUAAAGGGGGGCCACCUCUGGACGUAACAUGCCUUGCCUUCAUUUCCUCCCUUUUCUGAGGCUGUUUCAAAGGACACUGUGACGCAGCUCAACCCACUUGUCAGCUUAGCUUUAUCUCAACCCCCGGGAGGCUCGUCUCAAAGGCACCAGCAGUAGUGCCCGUUGCCUCAGCGUGUCGUUGCGGCAUGACAAAUUGUGAAAUAGAAUAGCUAAGGGGAGGAGAGAGAAGGGGUGGGGGGCAUGAAUGGACGGUAAAGGGUGAAAAAAAGGUAGAGAGAUAAGAUAAGACAAAGUGCUGGCCUCACAGAUCUGCCUAAUGUAGUAAUUGGAGUGAGACCACAAAGAAAGUGUGUCCAUCAUGGUGUUUAUGUGUAGGUGAAUAAUAAUUUCUCCCCCACCACACUCUCAGACUUGUAUUUCCUGUGUCUGCUACCUUCCCACCCUGAUCACAGAUUUCUUGGUGCGAUGUCGCCUAUAUUUGGGAGUGCUGGAAGCUGUAUUUACACACAAGUUUCACACUGUGCUCUAAGCGCACAAGAGCCUGUAAAUAAUCUCAGUGAGUGCUUGUCUGUGUUAUAGCAGCAAUGUGAUACAGGCUGUAAUUACAUUCAUUCAUUGAUAGGAUGACAGGGCUGACACUCUGGGGAACCUGAAUUUAUUAGUGAGCUGCUUUUAUCUCCUGUGGUUGCUUUCAGCUAAAUGUUAACAUCAGCCUGUUACUAUGUUCACAGCAAGGGUUCGUGGUCCUGGAGUUUAUGUGCUCAACAUCCUGUGACAUAUGAGUAAUUUCUAAGGUGUUAUGUUUUCAAAAUCUCAGAUUCAGUUUGUUUCUCAGAGAGCAGAUGCAGGAAAAAACACCUACAGUGUUUACAGCCUACUGAUUUUAUAAACCUUGAAACAUACGCCCUCAAAUCUGUGGGCAGAAAGCUUCACUGACCUAAGACAGUGUUGUCUCUUAAGCUGAACAGUCCUACAAUUCACCCUGCAUUUGUAACAUCCAUGUGAUAUUCCUUGAUUCUUUUUUAACGGUGGAAAAACUUUUUUAACAGUUUUUUAACUGCAGCGCUGAGCUGUUUGGAGGGAAAGUCGAGGGGGUAACCAUGGGUACAAGGAUGCAUCAUCUAGGAACCAUGAAUGUUUGCAUUAUUGUGGUAACCAGCCUAAGGAAUGUUUUUGGUGUAUUUCACAAGGAAGCACAAUGGUAGAAAACAAAGGAUAGAUUCAUCUUCUGAGGAGCAUGAAUAAGCUGUCAUACAAAUCCAUAUAACUGUAUGGUUAUAUUUGGUAUGAUAUGUUGCCGAUGUUGUAGAUACUGAUCCAAUAUUCGCACAAAAUUGUUCAUGACAAGUUUUGCACUCAGCUGCAACGUCUUUUUCAGACUUAAACAGAAAAUACCACCACAGGGCUGACAUCACCCCUACUCCUUGCUACUUUGUCAGUACUGAAGUACACACUGUUGUUGUGAUCACAUGGGCUCUGCAUGCUGGAUCUGGGCGCUGCUAGCUAGAGGUGUUGGAGCAGAGUCUGGAAUGGACUGCUUGUAUUGGAGUGCUGAUAUCAGAGAUUUUGCAUUUGCUAACUGUCCGUUUCAGGAUUGAUUUUAUAGUUCUUUUAUUAUUUUUUAGAUGUGUUAAUGGUCUUGGCACUUCUUAUUUAUCUGACUUAUUUUUAUCAUAUCAACCCUUGUGGACCCUGAGGUCCUCCGGCACAGGCCUUUUAACCUUACCCAAAGUGAAAACAAAAACACACGGGGAGGCAGCUUUCAGUUUUUAUGGUACCUGGUUGUGGAACAGCCUGCUGGAGAGCUUCAGGGCCACAGAGACUGUUAAUGGUUUUAAGAAGAGGCUCAAGACUCACCCUUUUAACCAGGCUUUUCACUAAUUGCCUUUUUAUAUUUCUCUUAUUCCAAAUGUUCAUGUUGGAGCCAUUCUUAAUGUUUAUUUUAUGUCAUUUUAUUAAUUAUCUCUGUUCUGAGUCAUUUCUUAAUUCCCAUCAUAGGUUUUUACUUCUUUUACCCCUUUUUUAUGUGGUAAAGAGCUCUUACUUAUCUGUUCAUUUAAUUUUUUUAAAUGAACCAUUUGUAUUUUCAUUUUUAUCUCCAGUGUUUCCCAGAGGUAACUCUUUCCUCACGUAAUGUCUCGGUGUCAGGCCAUGUCUCUUUAACAAUAUAUCUUAAAUUCUUACACUGUGUGCACUUGUGUGUGUGUUUAUGUGUGGCUGAGUGAUUGAGGGUGGGUGUGUGCCUUUGUGUGCAUGUGGGUCCAUGGGUGGGUGUGUAGGUGGGAGGGUUGAGUUUUAUUGUCGUUAUUUGUUGUUUUUAGCCUCUGUGAGGCACUUUGAACUGUAUUUUCCGUAUGAAAAGUGCCAUAAAAAUAAAGUUGAAUUUGAGUUUUAGAUGCAGGCAGAUAUAAUCCGAUACUUGUUCUUUUUUUGCUGAUAUCGGACUGAUAUCAGAUAUCAAUAUUGUAACCCUAGUUCUCUCACUUUCUAACAGUUUCUCCUCUUUGCUGUCAAGAAGUAAAAGAGCCAAAGUAAAGUUUUCCAUCCCUCAGUUUUGGCUGGUUUCCCAGUGUGACAGGAGGAGAGAUAAGGGAAAUAGGAUGAAACAGCCAAUAAGGAGGUUAAGUGAGAGCGCCCUGCUUUAUUUCCUUUACUAAUUGCCAUCCAGCAGGGGUGAGGAGCCGGACAGAGGAGACAGUACACAUUGUUCUGUUGUCAGGGUGAACCUGCUGAUGUCAGAUCUGCUCCCAUCUGCUUCUCAGCUCCCUGUCUUUUAAACAGACAAACACAGCUUCAGUUUUCUGUAUUUUUAUGCUUCAUGAAAAUACUACGUGUGUUAUUUGUCAAAAUCUGCUUGCUCUGAUAAUCCAAUGUUUGUCUGUGCCGUAGCUGCUUUCAUUUACUUGUUUCCAAACAUGAGAGAAAACUAACUUGAUAUUUUGCUGCCGGAUGUUUUUCAAUAUAUAUUUCUUUUGCAAAUAGCUUGGAAGCCAAGUUCUUACCACCAUUGCGACCCAGGGGAAGUUUUAGCAGAUGUGUGUGUAAUCGAAACACAGAUAUCCGCCUCAGCCUUUUUUUUUUUUUUUUUUUGCUUUACCUUUUCUCUAUUUGGUCUGACUGAUCAUUUUGUUCCAGCGGCAGACAAGCAGCAGAUGAGACAGCUGGAUAAAGGUUUGGCUUAGUCUCUCACAUUGAAUAUGAGAAGAUGGAAAAAAGAACCGCAGCUCAGCACCUUCCCUGCUGCUUUUAUUUGUCGCUGACAUAUUUGCUGUGACAUUCCCACCGCUACAGAGGCUCGCUUUGGAGACGAUAGUGGGCUGUCUCUUUGAAUUAACCUCUUUUACCAGUUAACCGUAUCCCCUACAGGGCAAUGCAUGCCAGGCUUCGACCCUCCUCAGUCAGCAUAUAUAAACUUACACACGCCAUAGCAUGCUCUGCACUGAAGGGCCUAGAAAAGCAUAAAAAACGGAUAUAUCUAACCUAGGACUAGCUUCAAGGUUGGAGCUUUUUUCAUCUGGAAGCUUUUGUUUGAACAGGCAAAGCAAAAAAAAGAAACACCAAUUUCCCCAUGUUGACGAAUAAAAUCAGUCACGAGUUAUUAUCCACUUACUCAAACAGCUCCCACUCCUAUUUGCAAUUGCACCCCCUUCAAUCAGCUCUGUCUCUGCUCUACAUGUGUGUCUGUGUCUGUGUGUGUGUAUCUGUUUUAAAACAAAUAACUGACUGCCUGAAUCUAAAAACACAGCAGGUGCACCUUUCAGUAUGCGUCAAGCUAGAAAUGCACUGAUCUGCCUCACAGCCCCGGAGAGGUGCGUUAUUGUUGGGUGGCACUGUCAGUAUGGUGCAAGGGGGGAAUGAACUGUGUCAGCUUUUCAGAGGAAAAUGGAGGCAACGUGUCAGAGAGCCUGGAGAGAGAAGGAUUACAGGCAGAUAAAACAUGCGGAAAAAUGAUUCAGUGGAGCUGUCGGAGGUGUGCAGAUGGGUCAGGGGCUUGUGAGAAAUGUAUUUUUUUUACUGCUUCCUCUGCAGUUGUAGGGGGAAAAAAGUUAACCUAUUAAAUCAAUUUAUUUCACUUAUGAAAUAAGCAACUCUACUAGAUAUAUAAUGCCUGUGAACUCGUGGCAUGAAGCUGCUCUCCAGUAAGUCUGUUUCUGCUCCCAGUCUCGCCCGGCAGUCAGUAUGUUUAUCAGCACACUUAAGGCGAGCUAUACAGUCUUAAUUAGGCAGCUUUAUUAGACUAUUGUCCUUGUCCCAGUGCUCAAGCACCAGGGGAUUUAUUGACAAAAGCAUGUCUGCCUUCGCUGUGCUGAGAAGGGAUGUGGCUCGAAGUAGAGUCUUGUUAUCCUAUCAGCUACUUCCUUUUUGGGAAACUUUCUUCUUCUUGUUCUUCUUCUUGUUCGUAUUGUUGCUGUUGUUCUUCUUCUUCUGAGGUCCUUCUCCACAUGCUAUGAACUAUAGGGUCAAAAGCCUGGUGUGGAAUCCACCCAGAACACUUGGGGCGGUUUGGACUUGAAUCAACCCAGUGCUUCUCUGGAAAUGUGUGUCCAACUAUGACAAAUUCAACAUAACGUGAUAACGUGAUUUCAGUCAUACUACGUGUUCACAUAUUGUAUACUUUAGGUCAAUUCAGUUUGAUUAAAGCUAUAAACCAAAUUAUUUGACAUUAUGUAAAUGUGCUGAUUAUUGCUAAUAAUGCUGAAAAAAUGUCAAAUCUCCAAAUAUUAUGGCAAAGAAAAACUGUCCAGACUUUUUGUGUUGUAUCUUGACAUGACUUUGUUGUUGAUUUUGUAUCAUACGUAGACUGUAUAUAGAAUGGACGCCGUCUGCCUCCUCGUUGGGUGAAGCCACCCUGAGAACAGCACCCUCUGGUGACGGGCUGCAGUACAGGUCAUAAAUCCCGCUUCCUCCAGCAAUCCCUAUGGAGCUGUGGACAAACUUUAGAAAAUUAUUACACAGAAUAUAAAUGUUUCUCCCCCUGCUUGUGAUGUUGACAUGUAGUUAUUGUAAGACUGGUUUGUGCUCAAGUCCUCUUUUUUUCUGUGUAGCUCCAUUUUUAGAAGUUAUUAGGGGGUUCAUCUUUUCUAUGAUUGACACUUGAUAUAGCAUAUGGGCGUAAAAGGAUUGCGUAGCUCACCCAGGGGAUACGCUGUUUGAGCCAAGCGUCAUCACAGCGAUUCUCUGUGACUCUCCCGCCAUACGCGGUUGGUUUCAGGAAGUGGAGAAAAAAUCGCAGAAGUACCGAGAGCUUUUCGGCUUCUAAUCCGUAAAACUGGUGGAGGGCAGAACCAAGUUGCCCAUAGUAUAUACAGUCUAUGGUAUCAUACAACUAAAGCUGUAAGCAGACUUGUUUCAGAUACAUUUACUUAAUUUUCACUUGAUAAGGAGUUCCUUUCAGGUGUUUUCUUGAGAUCGUGACUUGGCUGACAUUCAUAACCUCUAUCAUAACUACCAGAUUGAGCCUGACGUUAUAAGAACAUGGCAGCCAUGAAAAUGUGGUCUGCUUAUGUUAUUUUAUCAGUGCCCUUCAAGCUGGUAUUUUGGCUUCACUUUUAUACAGUAGAGGGAGAUGGAGGCAGGACGUCCACAUUAAUGUUCUGUCAAUAAUCUUGCUCAUCACAGUGACGAGGCUGUUGUUAGAGAGUUAUCCUGUUACCACUAAAAUCAGCUGAAAAAUAAGUCAAUAAAAAGUGAAAACGAAAGCAUUUUCAUAUCAAGAUAAUGAGAUUAAAGGAUCAUGAAACACCCAGAAAGUAGUUGUUAUCACAGGAAAAUAGAGUAAAUAUGAUAUAUCUAUCCGCAUCCGCCUCUGGCGUCUGAACUACAUUAAUAAAAUUUGAUUUAUUGAUCGUAUAUUAGAUGGAUGGAACUCCUAAAAUAGAAUUUCCUUAAUAAUCGGAAGACUGGGACUCUCAGCUCUUUUUAGUCAGCUUUAGACAAAUACAAAGUCAAAUAUAUCAGAAGCAUCAUUUCAGAAAUCUACAUGACUUAUAUAUUUGCACAUCCAUCGGGUAGUUAUCCUUACACAAACAUAUAAAGCCUGACUGGGCUAGUUAAUCCGCCGCUGCCUGUGUACUUCGACUCUUCUGUACACAUGAUUGUGAAAAAACCUGAACUCCCUGACGUGCCGAGUGUUAAAAUACUCAAACACAGAAGGGAGGGAGGGGUGAGAAUUGAAGGGGGACACAGAAUACAGAGAGCCAAUGAAAACGAAAAACAAUGUCCAAAAAAGAGCAACCUAGAGGAAAAUUCAAUGUGCGCGUGGGUGUGUGGGAUAUGCACUGCAUUAGAGUGGAAAUGUGCUGUUAUCAGGUUAAGCCAGAUUCACAUUCUGUAACAACAGAGCCACACACACACACACACACACACACACACACACACACACACACACACACACACACACACACACACACACACACACACUCAGCCUCCCCCCUUGAGAUUUCCCUUUUUUUGUAAUUACUUUGCAGAGCAGGGAAGGGGGGUUGGUGAAGAUGGCUCUGCUUCCUCCUGCUGUGUAAAAGCCUUACCUUCCUCCUCCUUCUGCUUUUAAAUGCUCUGGCUUCUGCCAAGAGCUUUCUAAUUCAGCCUGCAAUCCACAUUACUAAUGCAACCCCUAAACGUAGCAAGAAUCAAGGGCCAUUUGUUAUGCAGGCCAUUAAAUACCUAUUAGGGCUUGACGUGGUCAGCUAUCGGCUGAUGGCAUUAACUAUCUAUCAUAAUUAAAGUCAUUGUAUGAAUGGGCAGACGUUGAGUUUGGAGAUAGUGCACUACAGACUUAUGAGUCUGUGGGGACAAGCAGAGGCGGAGAUUGUCUGUGCUUCAAAGCCAACGCACAAUAUGAAGACUUUAUUUACCUAGCUGGAGGCAAACAGAGAGUGGCAGGUGGGUCCAGCCUCUGCUUCCACCUGUGGCUGCUAUUAUGGUGAUAUAUGGAGACAACAGCGCUCAGGUGACCGAGAGGAAGCAAAGUGAUCACUUAUCUCAGCUUAUAUCAUAUGAGUCAUUUCAAAUCCAAUGGCAAUGCAAGAUCUUGAGGAAGGAUAUUACAUAAAAGCACACAUCUGGACUCGGUGUGUAUAUAUAUGUGUGUGUGUGUGUGUGCGUGUGUGGGUGUAUUCAACGCUCUGAUGACAAGUUUCCACCACGGUCAUCGAGUAAUAGUGUUUUCCAGCUCCGCCUGCAGACAUAUGUGUCACACAAACAUGAGCAUAAAGACACACAGCAGGGCUUGUUUCACUGAUUAGGAUGGUAAUUUACCCUGAGCACACUGUGUUCCCAGCAUGCCCUUCACCUCUCUGGGAAAAGCAUCAUUAUAAGGGAAAAGUUACUGUAAUAACGAGGGUGAAUGGGUUAAUUGUAGCCUCUACACUAACAUAAAAACUUUCUACUGUCACAAAUUCUGGUGGAAAGAUUUAUAGGCACAUCCAGAACAUAUAAUUAGAAGAGCGUUAUGUUUGACUGUAUUGUUACAAACUGAUGCAGCUCCCAAACCCUAAAAGUCUGCCUCUGAUUGAUCAAUAUUUAUCUUAACACCUUUGUCUCCAGCAGACAAACAUGGGUGCCCUCAUUGAUCAUGCUGUCUUGUUCCUAUGGAAACUGGAAAUUACCAUGGAGGGCAUAAUUACAAGGUGCUGCACAAGUCUAAAAUUGUCCUUUUUUUUCAACAUCCCCUCUUUAUUUCUCUGUCUGUAUUGUGCUCAGAUUGAUUUAAUGAUUGAUUUUUCAAGGUACUUGCUUUUUAAAGCUGGAGCUGCAAAGUGCACAGUGUCCUUAUAUACAAAUACUAAGAGGAAGGAUAGGAGUGGAGCCUAUAGGUGUUCUUGGUGUGCAGGGAGGUAAAUGAUCUGCGCUCUUUUUUUUUUCUUCCAGUAACACCAUAAUGCAGCUCAUCAUCUAGGCGUGACUCCAGCUCUGUGCCCUGAAGUUAGCCAGCUGGCGGCUGCUGCUGCUUCACUCCCUUUCAAUUGCUAUUUUCCUGUCCUAGAUUACCGCCAUGACAUUUCAGACAGCGUGCAAUUCCACUGAAACAAGUGCAAAGAAAAUUUAUUCAUACGUUAAACACUUGUGUGGCUGUUACUGCUCUGUGAUAUGUUCAAACGUCUUCUUUUGGUUUGAUGUUGCAGGAAGAGAUUCACACUGUGUGGUAGAUUUAUACAGCACUGAAACGAAUUUGACUGCCAGGAGACCGGAUUAAAAAAAGUCAGUUUUGCCUCUCGCAGAUUAACAGAAUAUCAAUUUCCUUUCCUCACAAAAUAACACCUCUUAUCCAUUAUACCCAUGAAUUCAUCAAAACAGAGAGGAAAACAUCUUCAACAUGCUGCAUGGUUUCACACAGGAUCCUACAAAAAUAAAAUAACCCAAAAGAGAAGCUGACUCUGUGCUGCUUUAACAUUUACCACUGAACUGUGGUUACCUCUGCUUCCCUUCCUGCUGACCCAUUGAUAACCUCCAAGAACUGCCAGUGCUCUAGUCACAAAUGGUCAAUUGAUCGAAAAGGCUAAGUAAGAUCCAUUUGCGGCCAACUAAUGGCAUCUGGCAUAUUGCAGUGGUCGUACUUCUGCACGUUCCUCGCUGGCUGCCUGAAGCUGCAUCAAACCAUAUGUGGUUGAAAAUGUAACAUGAACAGCUGGGUGCAGACUCUGAGGGCUUAAAGCCUCUAAAAGGUGUGCUGGGAACACUCCGUGUAUGACAGGAAGUGCAUGUUUUCUUUCAGUGUAAAAUGUAAAAAAAAAAAAAAAAGUGUUGUUUCAAAAGACUUUUUUCUCAACCAAUAUAUUUUUUAACAAUUUCUUUUUAUUGUCAGUGCAAAAAAUAUCAACACUACGACUGGAAGACUUUAAUAUCUUAGCUAAGAUUAGCUUAGCUCGUCUCUGCUCGGCUUGGUUUUGCUUAGUUGAAUUAGUCUUACCUUGGCUUGGUUAAAGGGAUAUUCUGGCGUAAAAUUAAAUUAGGGUCAAACACACCGUAACGCCGAGUUAGACGCUAAGGCUAAGGCCAAAGAACUACCGCAUCUGCAGUGCAAAAUGAGUAAUAUGGUGAUUAUUACUUCAAGGAAAUGAUAAAGUAAUGAUCAUAAAUGUUCUUCCUUGAGCUGCGUCCCCCUGCUGCAGUGGCUAUUACUAUAGAUGGGACCCUAAUAUGAACUGUUGAUGAAGUUAGGUGCUGUUCUGAGCAUUAUUUGUGGCUAUAGAGUGGAUUUUUGGCUGAGCGCUUGGCUCUCUGUAUCGCUAUCUGCCGUCGUUACUAAAGUUGGUAUAACUAGAGAUGCAAGCGGUCGGCAACAUUCAUCUCUCCAUGGGGUGUCUAACUCGGUGUUACAGUGUGUUUCACCCAAACUUAAUUGUACGCUGGAAUAUCCCUUUAAGCAUGUUUUAGUUUAUCUCGAUGUAAAGCUACCUAGGCUAUUGUCUUAGCUUAAUGCUAGGCUAAAUUAGUUUGAAAAAGGAAAACAGAGUCAUACACUUUUGUUAUUAAACUCUUUAAAAGAAGAGGCUUUCCAGUAAGCAUUCAGGCAACACGUUACAUGGAAAAAGACUCAUUAUCAAGUCAGAGUCGAAAGACUUUUCUGAGCCAAAGACAAUUUGCUCUUAUUUCCCCAGUGGCACAGACAUCAUUAUGAACUUGUUUAUAUGAGCAAUUUUCUACAUGUAAAACUGUAUCUUGGAAAAUAUUGAUGGCAUUUGAAUCCAAAUUUGGCUCGUUGUUUGGGGUUUUGAUAUUUUAUCUUUACACACAGGCAGCAGAUCGAGACGUUACAUUCAAACGUCUGGAGGUAGCCCAUGUUAAUUGGCUGUGAUUGGAUUUGUGUUCGCUGAUAGUGUUGCUUUCAGAGUGCUGUCUGGAGCUUUUAUCUCCAGCUGCUGUUCAGUGUGGGCACCAGAGCCUUUUAUCUCUCCUGUUGAUGUAAUAAUAAAAAUGACUGUAAUGUUCCCUCACUGCUGCACACAUGCAAUCACACAGAUGAACAGCAGAUUCACAUAUCUGUGGCCAAAAAUGGAAGAAAUGCAAGAUACAAAAUGUACAAAUGUCAUGAUAAAAAGCCAAGCCAAACCUGCUAGAUUAAAAUCUGACUCUUUAUAGAUAUUUUUCACACUUAUUGACAUUUUACCACGUCAGCCAUCUCCAGCAGCGUUUCCUCAGAUUAUCUCAGAUCUAUAUCUGUUUGAGCUAUAAAAGAUCCUGCUUUGGAUUUAAACCCAACAAUUAUUGCUUCUUGGAGGAACACACAUUUAUAAGCUGCUUAACUCCUUUCCUGUGAUCCACUUCACUAAAUUCGGUCUAUGAGUCAGCUACAUUUCAAGUCUCAAUCCUUUUCCAUUUCCAGGCAUCCACUUCGUUGUUUCCUUAAUCCAUGAAGAUCUGUAGCUGGGAUUAAUAGUAUGAAUAUGAAUAUGAAUUUUCCGAAAUCAAAAAUUAAUUACAACUUAGCAUAAAUUAUGCAUGAAAAAAUGUUUGAAGUUAUAUAUGUACACUACAGUAUGUGAAAGUUUUCCUUUUCUGGGACAGACUUGCAGUUUAUCUUAAGAACAUCCCCCCAAAAAUCAAAAGAGCAUUCACAUUUUUUCCUCAUAUUGAAGGAAGUGAAUUCAGCACAGGCACUCCUCAUUUAACCAUGGGAGAUGGAGAGUGUGUCAAGACAAAUGGAUGCUUAAAUAAAAACCAGGAUGUUAGACUUAUUCUAGUUUAUACAUAUUUCUGAACUCUUGCUGUGUUAAAACUUUAGUAUUCUGACUUUUAUAAAUGAAUAUUAUAUAGUUUUUUUCUUUGUUUUAUUCACAGUCUAGAAACCACUGCAUCUUUUUGUGAUCUUAAAGCUCCUGUGAGGAGAUUUUUCGUGUGUGUGAAACAGAUAGAUACGAAUAAGACCACCGGUAACAAGAUUAAAAUUCAGUAUAUUACCGUUUUUUUAUUCCUGAAAGUGCCGUAAAGGGGGUAGGUGUCAGAGCAGACAAUUGACAGCAGACUGAAGAAAAAGCCUAAAUUUACAUUUUCAACAGAUUUUAUCCACAAUGAUCAACAAAUGAUUUUGUAGAAAGAAGGAAAGUAAGAUGAGACUGUUUGUUAGAAAAUAUGACUUUGAUGUGCAGGACAAGGUUAGAAAAAUUAUCAAAAAAAUAAAUAAAUAAAUAAAAAUUAAAAAAAAAAAAAA